AUGCGAAGGGUUGAUGCUCGCCUCGAAGAGGCGCGAAGAGCCAAGAUACAAGCUCUUCAGGAAGAAUCUACGGAGCCUCAAAUCAUCACGAGGGCGAAGGGGAAGGAAAUAAUGUUGACUGAAGCAGAAAGGCAAGAGCAGUACAACAAGCUGCCAGAAGAAGAUCUUCACUGCAAGGCGUUACAAGAGAAGAUCAGAGCACAACGACUGAUGAUCGAAAAAAUGCAGGCACCGCAGCCGCCGCAGCCACUGCCGAAGGGCACGGUCGCAACGAACCCACUAAGAAACACAAGGGUCCGAACAAGGACUAUACCAGUCGAAGAAAUCUUUGACCAGUCUGAGCAAGAGGAGGAAGGAGCCAACAUUGGCAAGAAUUCAGUACACUUCGCUGGGAAUGACGUCGGAAGGAUAUUGGUCGACAAUGGCAGCUCCGCAGACAUUCUGGUAUGGCAGUGCUUUGUCAAGAUGGGGUUCACAGAGCAAGCUCUGAAAAAAUCGCAAUACCCUCUCAUUGGCUUCGGAGGCAAGAGAAUCGAGGCCCUCGGCAAGAUAGAGCUCAACGUCACAUUCGGCGAAGGGGUCACACAAAGAACCGAAGCAAUAACCUUUGAUGUAGUGGACAUCAACUAUCCAUACAAUGCCAUCUUCGGUCGAAACACCCUGGUGAAGUUUGCAGCUGUAAUCCAUCAGUCGUAUCUAUGCAUGAAGAUACCUUCGGCAGGGGGAGUCGUGACCGUCUACGGCAAUCAAGAAGAAGCGCGCAGGUGCGAAGAUAACGCGUAUAGCACCAACAAAACUGUGCAUACCAUUGAGGCUACCGAAGAGGACACAAGAACAUUUGUUGCCGAAGACAUGCGAAGAGACCAUAAAAACGAAGGGGUCUCACCAGCAGAACAUACGAAGAAGGUACCAUUAUGCGAAGAUGUGCCUGAUCAUCUAGUGAUCAUCGGCAAGGAGCUCGAGGAGCACGAAGAGGUAAGACUCAUACAGUUUCUGAGGAACAAUCAAGACGUCUUCGCAUGGUCUUCGUCCGACCUGCGAGGAGUCAGUCGAGAAGUCAUUGAGCAUACGCUUACAGUCAACCCGAAGGCAAAACCGAUAAAGCAGGGGCAGAGGUCAAUGUCUGAAGAGAGGAAGAAAGCUGCACAGGGUGAGGUGCAGAAAUUGCUAUACGCAGGUGUCAUUCGCGAGGUGCAAUACCCAGAGUGGUUGGCAAAUGUGGUCAUGGUACCGAAGAAGAAUGGGAAAUGGAGAAUGUGCAUCGACUUCACCAACCUCAAUAAGGCUUGUCCGAAGGAUGAAUACCCUUUGCCUCGCAUCGACACAUUGGUCGAUGUGGUGGCCGGCUUAGAAAUGCUGAGCAUGCUGGAUUGUUUCUCCGGCUAUCACCAGAUUUUCAUGAAUAAGGGGGACGAAGAGAAAACUAGUUUCACCACUCCCUUCUGGACAUACUGUUACAUCAGGAUGCCAGAAGGCCUUCGCAACGCAGGUUGUACAUUUUACAGAAUGAUCAAGAAAGUGCUCGGGGAUCAGCUAGACAGAAGCAUCUCCGCAUAUGUGGAUGACGUGGUCGUUCGAAGCAAGAAAAAAGAAGAUCACAUACAAGAUCUUCGUGAAACAUUUGCAAACCUUCGCCGGCACGGGCUAAAGCUAAACCCUGAAAAAUGUGUCUUCGGUGUUCGAAGAGGCAAGCUGUUGGGUUGUAUGAUCACAGAAAGGGGUAUAGAGGCGAACCCUGAGAAGAUCGAGGCAAUCAGGCAGAUGAAGCCGCCAACCACAAAGAAAGGAGUUCAAAAAUUGACAGGUCGAUUGGCUUCGCUGAACAGAUUCAUCUCCAGGUCAGCAGAAAAGUCUCUCCCAUUCUUCAAAGCACUGAAAGGAGCUGGAAACAUGCAAUGGGGCGAAGAGCAAGCGAAGGCGUUUGAAGCCUUGAAAACAUUUAUAGAAAACUUGGCAGUCAUGUCCAGCCCUUCUGAGAAGGCAGAGCUCUUGCUGUACAUCGCCACUUCGGGUGCCGCGUCAAGGACAACGAAGUUUACUCCGUUCAAGCUCUUGUACGGCGAAGAAGCUGUCACGCCCGAAGAAAUCAAGCUCAAAUCUUGGAGGACGUCCGAACGGACGGACAAUAUAGAGGAAGACAUAAAGCCUUCAAUCGAGGCAGCAAAGAUGCAAGCAGCAAUCAACCUCGGCAAAUACCAAGAAGAAACUCAAAGAUGGAAGAACAAGAAGGUGAAGCCCAGGGAGAUUCAAGAAGGGGAUCUUGUGCUUCGCAGAAUCCCGAAGGCCAAACAGAAAGGGAAGAUGCAUAGCAAGUGGGAUGGACCAUUCAUUGUCGCCUCCAUGGUGAGACCAGAAGCCUGCAGACUUUGCACACUGGAAGGUGUCGAAGACCCAUACUCAUGGAACAAAGAUAUGAUGCAAAAGUACUAUGUGUAG